GGAGUCCGUGGCGGGAUGAGGCCAGGUUUCAGCCCCCGGGGGGGGCGGGGCGGCCGCGGCGGCGGCUUCCGAGGGGGCCGAGGUGGGGGUUUCCAGCCCCGGGGCGGGGGCCGGGGGGGCGGGGCCGGGGGGCGAGGCCGAGGGGGCCCCCCCCGGGGAGGCUCCGCCCGGGGGGGCCGGGGGGGCCGCGGCGGCUUCAGGGGGGGCAAGAAGGUGACGGUGGAGCCGCAUCGGCACGAAGGCGUGUUCAUCUGCCGGGGGAAGGAGGACGCGCUCGUCACCCGCAACCUGGUGCCGGGGGAGUCGGUCUACGGGGAGAAGAGGAUCUCGGUAGAGGACGGUGACACCAAGGUGGAGUAUCGCGCCUGGAACCCCUUUCGCUCCAAGUUGGCAGCCGCCAUCUUGGGUGGCAUCGACCAGAUCCACAUCCGGCCGGGGUCAAAGGUCCUUUACUUGGGCGCCGCCUCGGGGACAACGGUGUCACACGUCUCUGACAUCGUGGGACCGGAGGGGCUGGUCUACGCCGUGGAGUUCUCCCACCGCUCAGGCCGGGACCUCAUCAACGUGGCCAAGAAACGCACCAACGUCAUCCCCGUCAUCGAGGACGCGCGUCACCCCCACAAGUACCGGAUGCUCAUCGGCAUGGUGGACGUCAUCUUUGCCGACGUGGCGCAACCGGACCAGACCCGGAUCGUGGCCCUCAACGCCCACAACUUCUUGCGCAACGGCGGCCACUUCGUCAUCUCCAUCAAGGCGAACUGCAUCGACUCGACGGCCCCCCCCGAGGCGGUGUUCGCGGGGGAGGUGCGGAAGAUGGCGGGGGAGCAGAUGAAGCCCCAGGAGCAGCUGACGCUGGAGCCCUACGAGAGGGACCACGCCGUGGUGGUGGGCGUCUACAGGUGGGACUGGGAGCACUGGGAGGGUCCUGGUGGCCAUCAAGGAGCCACGUUUUGGGGGUUGACCCCACUGGAGACGUGUCCUCUCAACCUUCUCCUCCAGCCUCAGGUCCUGGUGGCCAUCAAGGAGCCACGUUUUGGGGUUGACCCCACUGGAGACGUGUCCUCUCAACCUCUCCUCCUCAGCUCAGGUUCUGGUAGCCAUCAAGGAGCCACAUUUUGGGUGACCCUACUGGAGAUGUGCCCUGGUGUCCUCUCAGCCAUCUUCAUCCACCCCCAGGUUCUGGUGGCCAUCAAGGAGUCACGUUUUGGGGUUGACCUCACUGGAGACAUUCCUGGUGUCCUCUCUGCCAUCUUCAUCCACCCCCAGGUUCUGGUGGCCAUCAAGGAGCCACAUUUUGGGGUUGACCUCACUGGAGACAUGUCCUGGUGUCCUCUCAGCCAUCUUCAUCCACCCCAGGUUCUGGCGGCCAUCGAGGAGCCACAUUUUGGCCUUGAACCUACUGGAGAUGUUCCUCUCGACCCUUCUCCUCCAGCGUCAGGUCCUGGUGACCACCAAGGAGCCACGUUUCGGGGUUGA